UCGGCACUGCAGGAGCAGCUGGGACACACCGGGACGCACCUGGGAACCGCACAGCGAAACCACCUCUUCCCAAACCCAAAAGCAAUUCAGGUCUCAUCUUCGGACGAGAGGGACUGCUGGAGCCAUGAAUACUGCUCAGCUUCUCUCGGCUCUCACCUUCGUGCUCUUGCUGUUCGAAGAGGGUGGAGCCUGGUCUUACCACGCCUCCGAGAAACCCCUGACCUUCGACGAGGCCAGUGCGUAUUGUCAGAAGAAGUACACCCACCUGGUGGCCAUUCAGAACCAGGAGGAGAUUAAGUACCUGAACGACACGUUCCCCUACGCACCCAGCUACUACUGGAUCGGGAUCCGAAAGGUCAAGGACCAGUGGGUCUGGAUCGGGACCCAGAAGGCGCUGACGGAGGAGGCCACGAACUGGGCCCCCGGGGAGCCGAACAACGGGCAGAACGACGAGGACUGCGUGGAGAUCUACAUCAAGAGGGACAAAGACGUGGGCAAGUGGAACGACGAGAGGUGCAGCAAGAAGAAGCUUGCCUUGUGCUACACAGCUGCCUGCACCCCGACAUCCUGCAGUGGCCACGGCGAGUGCGUGGAGACCGUCAACAACUACACUUGCCAGUGCUACCCCGGCUUCAGCGGGCUCCAGUGUGAGCAAGUUGUGACCUGUCAGGCCAAGGAGGACCCCGAGCACGGAAGCCUGGCUUGCACCCACCCCUGGGGGGCCUUCAGCUAUAACUCUUCCUGCACUGUGAGCUGCCAAGAGGGCUACCGGCCGAGCAGCCCAGAGGCCACUCGGUGUACCGCCUCCGGGAACUGGAGCAGGCCUCUCCCAGGGUGCAACGUGGUUGAGUGCGAGGCUUUGACCAAUCCUGCCCACGGGGCCGUGGAAUGCGACCAAAACCCAGGGAGCUUCCGGUGGAACACCAGCUGCGAGUUUGACUGCGAGGAAGGAUUCGAACUGGUUGGGCCCCCGCGCCUCCGGUGCGCCUCCUCCGGGAACUGGGACGCCGAGACGCCAACCUGUGCAGCUGUGACGUGUGACGCCAUCAGUGACCUUCAGAAUGGCUCAGUGAGCUGUAGCCAUGCCCCUGCCGGAGACUUCACCUUCCAAUCAUCCUGCAGCUUCACCUGCCACGAAGGCUUCCUGUUGCAGGGCCCCGCCCAGGUCCAAUGCACCGCAGGAGGGCGAUGGACGCAGCAAGCACCGGUCUGCACAGCCCCCCAGUGCAAAGCCUUAUCCAGACCCGAGCGCGGCUACGUGGAUUGUACUCCCAGCACGUCUGGAAGCUUCCAAACCGGGUCCAGCUGUGAGUUCUCCUGUGGGGAAGGAUUUGUGCUGAAAGGACCCACAAGGCUCCUCUGUGGCCGCACAGGGGAGUGGGACAGCGAGGAGCCCACCUGUGAAGCUGUGCAAUGUGACGCUGUCUGGGAGCCCCUGGGCGGCUCGGUGAGCUGCAGCCACGCCCUGACUGGACAGUUCACCUACGGGUCCUCCUGCACCUUCAGCUGCAGGGAAGGCUUUGAACUGCAGGGAUCGGCUCAACUGGAGUGCACAUCCCAGGGACAGUGGACCCAGGACGCCCCCUCCUGCCAAGCGGUACAGUGUUCCAGCCUGGCAGUUCCCGGCAAGGUGAACGUGAGCUGCAGCGGGGAGCUGGUGGUCGGCGCCGUGUGUACGUUCGUGUGCCCCGAAGGAUGGACGCUCAAUGGCUCUGUGGCUCUGACAUGUGGCCCCACAGGACACUGGUCUGAGAUGCCACCGACCUGUGAAGCUCCCGCCGAGUCCACCGCCACCCUGGCUGUGGGCCUCUCGGCGGCCGGGACCUCCCUCCUGACCUUGGGAUCAUUCCUCCUCUGGCUCGUGAAACGUCUUCGGAGGAAAGCAAAGAAAUUUGUCCCCGCCAGCAGCUGCCAAAGCCUGGAAUCAAACGGAUCCUACCAAGUGCCUGCCGAGUUAAUUUAAGUCCAAAAGGAAUCAGGACACAGGUGAACGAAGGUCCUGGACCGACACCCUGAGGACGGCAGAGGCAGAGGGCAGGUGUUCCCCACCUAUAGCAGCCUGGACUGCAGUGCCCAUGAGACCACAGGCCAGUGGGCAAGGCCAGCCGGCCACCAGAAAGACUCGGUUUUCUUUCUCCUGUUCUUGGGGCCUGGACAGUUCUGGCUGCUGGAGGGAAAAAAUUUUCCCUUCCAGGCAAUAGAAAGGAGACCAAACAAAGCGCUGGACUCUCAGAAUGCCUUCUCUAACUCUGCCUCCCUCGCUCCCUCCAGGUAAAAUCUUGGUGGAGAAACCUAGCAUUCUGUGACAUCGUUUCUUUCUUUUGUUCCUCAAAGUGUAUAAACUGCUGGUUACACAGUGGCUCUCAGGGGCUGCAGAAUCAUUGUCACAAGUUUACUAGAGGAAACAAAUGGGCCACAGAUACUAACAACACUGUUUUGUUGUUAAUGGUGCAAACCCUACUGAGUGCUUUUGUGUGAGGAUUACUAAACAAAGCCAAUAUAUCACUUUAUCCCUGUGGGAUUCGGGGCUUUUUAAAGUAUUCUUAGAGACGGUAUUCUUUUAACUUGCAUCGGGUAUGCAUUCCACAGUCCUUAAUUCAAUGCAAGCAUUGUAGGGACUUUGACAUAUAUGUACAUGUUAGGACUGUAAGCAGGUAAUAAUGACUCACCCUUGAUCAUCACCUCCCUAUCAACAAAUUCUAACGUUCCAUCUGUAGUGAAUAGACUUCAGAAAAGGGCAAAUACUGUUUUCUAACCACGUAUUAACAGAACGUUAACCAGUGUAAUGUUGUGAAUUUUGGGGUAACACUUUCUUUUAAAAGCAGAAGUAGUGUCAGCACAGUGAGACCAGACAAGUGGCAGACACCUGUGCAACCCCUGGUUUCUAUGAUGAAAAACUUCUAUGAGGCCAAAUGUUCUGAUCUGAUAAAAGCAUAAAUGUAAAUAAAUGAAGGUACAUUUUUGUAAAUGUCUUUGUUGAAAAAAAGAGCCACAUAGAAAUGUGGAUGUCCUUUGCAUUCCUAAAAAGAUGCUCGUCAGAGGUGAUGUGGCGACAUGGGAUUCUUGACUAGCGCACAAGGUUUUGAAUCCAUGAUAAGGACUCACCGUGUACAGGAUUCAAAAUCCAACUGGAUUUUGACAUAGUGAAAGAUGUGUAAUAAUUAUUUCCUAAGCGUUGUCAUUGUUUGUUAGGCUGUUCCUGAAGAGAGGAAAGCCUGUAGGAGCCAGUAUUCACAGUUAUUUAGAAGGGAGUUUAAAAUUCCUAAGGAACCCAGUUAUUGACCCCUGGCAAUGAGAUGUGCUGCAUCAGAAAUGGCCAAUCAAAACCCUCCCACCCACCCCCAUCACUGUAAUGUGUGUGGCGAGAGCAAGGUCCCAGAGAUGCUCCUGGAUGCCUAUUGGCAAAGGCAAAGCCCAACGCAGACAGGGAGAGAUGCUGAGAACCAGGGCAGCAGAGGUCAUGAAGGGCAAAGGACUCUGGGAAACAAGGGAGAGGCAGUAAAAGCAGCUCUGCCAUGAGGCCAUACUCGAAAUCACUCUCAUCUUGCCUGAGACAGCUGUUCAAAUGUAAAUGUUUGUACUACUGAAUGGGAGGCAGCUGCGUGAGCUCUAAAUGGGUCUGGGUUUGGGCUUUAUGUAGUAUGUUAAAUUAUGCUUGAAAAUAUUUUACAGUUGUUAAAAGUAUGUGUAUUUAUUUGAACUUGUGUCGUAUUUACUGUAUUUGACGUGGCACUAUGA